AUGGAUCCUCCGUUUAAACCAGAUGAAGCUGACUGUUGCAAUUCAGGAUGUAACCCAUGCAUUUUAGACGUUUACGAGGAACAACUAAGAAAAUUUAAAGCAGCAAAUCAAAAUGCUCAAAAAUCUACAAAGAAGCACACCAAAGAAUCCAAUUUAUACACAUUCGAGUUUAUAGGGCAAGAAAAAGUCAUCUAUGAGCCUGGCCAAUACUUACUUUUAAAAGCCACAGUGCAUGGGGAAGUUUUUCAAAAAGCCUAUACUCCUAUCUAUAUAGAAAAUAAUAAUAAUAAUAAUAAUAAUAAUAAUAAUAUUUAUUAUCUCCAGAAAAAUUACAUUCCAAACAGUUAA